AUGCCUCUCUUUGCCCGCCGCGAGCCCUCUCCACCCCCUGCCCCCGUCUCUCCGCCCCGCCGCUCAGGCCUCUUCUCGCGCCGCCGCUCGUCCAGCUCGGAUAUCCACCGCGCGUCCCACCACCACAGCACCACUACCACGAGCACAAAGCGCCACUCCUCCAUCCUGCACCGUGGCUCCAACGACCCCAGUAUCCACGCCGCGACGCAGUCGCUGCGGCAAGCAGAGGCGGCGGAGCGCGAGGCCGAUGCGGCGCUGUUCCGCGCGAAGAACGCGGUGCGGGAGGCGCGCGAGCAUGUGAGGAGGCUUGAGAGGGAGGCUGCGGAGGAGGCGCGGUUGGCGAAGAUUAAGCAGAGUGAGGCGAAGGCUUUGGGGAAGAAGGGGAGGGCGCUGGGUCGUCACGAUCAUGUUGUGUGA